GUUACUGACAACUGAAACAAAAAUGUGCAUUUUUGGCGGCUCUUACAAAUCACCCGGUGAGUAUGACAACUGGGGAGCCGUUGAUUCGUCUAUCUGAAUAUGGGAAGUCGUAUACAUGUUUAAACAGUUGUAGAGAUGAAUACUAUGACCGUUUACAGUUUCGGAUUCGGAAACGUAAUUCAGAAUAUUCGCACCACCCGUUUUUAUGGGAUGAUUUGGAAUGUCUCAGCUCUUCAACCUCAAACCUUAGUGUACAUGAAGACGUCGAAGACAUCAGAAAAGAUGUUCCGAUCAAAACGCUCUCUGUUUCAGAGGACGGCCACCUAGAUAACUUAGCAGAAGUUGAAGGCCCUCAUGAUUUUACACAUGUAAAUGAAAAGAAUAACGCCAUUUCAACUACUGAAAGAACAGAUGUCGGUACUCAAACUCAAAAACCACAUCUAAGGGCUAUAGUACAACCCAAAGCUUUUGUACCUUAUGCUAUCGGAAGUUCUCCUGGUCCUACUUUGGGGGCUAGAAAAACUUUUAACGUCAAGUCAGACCGAGAUGUUUAUCCUUCUGCUAUACGUGCUGAGGCUCGCCGUAAAGAAAGGCUGAUUAAUUUUACGAAUACUGUAAACUCCAAAGUAUCUUCCAAAAUGUGUGGGCCAAAACAGUGUAUUGUGAAAAGUGAGGCAAUUGAACUAGGUGAAACUGAAAAACCCGUUCCUACACUCCACAAAUCAACUAGAGUUAGCAGUAUGCCGCAACCAUCUGGGUUGGGUGCUUCAUAUUCUCGCUCAAAUAACAAUAUUGACUGGAAGCCAAAAUACUCGUGGGUUUCGGAAUAUGUCCAAAAAUAUCCGUCUUAUCCAACGUCAGUAUAUGUUCGCAGCGCAUCUGUUGCUGCUGGUCGUUCUCGUCCACUCUGCUUCUCAUACAGUCGACCAUCAUCCUCCUUUCUGGGGAGUUUAGUCCCAUCUACACCAGUACUGUUAAGCUGUCGUGGAUCGAACUCUACUCUGAGGAGUCGUCGUGAAACCCACUGUGAUAUCUGUUCUACAUCAAACCUCAAUCAAAAGCGCUCCCGUCCACUUCUUAGCGCUUACUAAUAGCAGUCAUUUAUUUUUGGCUGACGAGUCAGAUUGUUAACCCGAUUAUCGUUUCUGACUGCGUGAUACUGCAUUCCUUCCAUUUUGUUCAAUUCAAUUAAUACAUAUCAUUCCUCCUAUGCACGAAGUCAUCUUAGUUUUCUUGAAAUUAUUAUUUGGUAUCAUUAUAUGCCUCAAAUAAUGUUUUGGCAAAUACAUACGUUUAAUACGUUGUUCGCUUUUGUUUGUAAUACCUCAUUACCACGAUGUAUGGUGUUUUUGUUUGAUAUUUGCUAGCUAUUGGUCUGAUGAUUUAUGUUUUCUUAAGUAUUACUAAUACAUUUUGAAACAAAUCGGGUUAACUAGCUAGGAAGUCCGGUACUACUGAAAGGGGUUUCGAAUUUUUGCUUCCAACUAGAUUUUGUUGACUGCCUAAUUUAUGAACAUUUUGUAUUACUUUUUAUCGCUGAUUUCAAGAUUGUGUGGUUACUGUCUUUGAGCCAAAGGAAUUGAUUGUAGGCAAGCAUUCAUGUCUCAGUCUAUAGUUUUCUAUAAAUAGCAUACCAGGAUUUAGGUCUUUUCUGAUUUUUGUGGCGCAUUUGUCCCAUCAUUUCGUUUUUCAAUCUGAUGUGUUCUAAACUUCAUUUGAAUACUACUUUGUUUCAUGGUAGAGCAGUUGCCUAGUGGUUAAGGUGUCCAAAGUUCGAUUCCAAUCCCAUCUAUUUCGGUCUAGGGAGUCCGAUAGCGUCCUUAGCCUCCAUACUUGGAGCGUAGUUCAUGCCCCAGUACCUGGUUAAUGAGUUUAUCUAAUUUUUUUAUUAUUUGGUUUCGAUUCUAAUGAUGCGGUUCAUCUCGUUUAUUUAUUUGAACACAUGAACAUUAGUACAAUGGGGCAUCAAAUACGUAUGCGCCACACAAUCACAAUGAGGUUGUGAAGAGAUAGAGAAUGAAAAGUAUGGUAAAAAGUAGAGCAACAAUGAACAGAAGCUAGUGUAUGAAAGUGAAUAAUAAUAAUGGGAGCAGUUCAUUUAGGAAAAACACAACCAGAUGGGUUUGAAUUAAAGAAGUUACGUUCACUUUUAUGAAAAAAGUAGAAACCACAGCGGGAUCGCCACUGGUUUCUAUUCUGAGUCAUAUCUGAUAACAUCUCUAGCCACCGUGUUGCACCAUCUCUUGGGCCCCAACUAGGGAGUAGUGAACGACCAACAGAAGCCAGUCCUAUACAGUUUUCUUUUAUACCAUGACAUCAUGUCAUACUCUGACCACCUCUCCUCUAUUUCUAACCAGUCCCAGUGUCGACAAAUAAUGCACGACAUGAGAUUUACUGGGACGACAUUUGUAAGGCAUGUCCAGGCCACCGACGUCGAUGUUUGAAAAUGGUGAAAGCAAUUGGAUUAUUGUCGCUGUGCCUGAACACACGAUUCCGAACCUGUGCAUUACUAACAUGGAGUUGCCACUGGAUGUCAGCAAUCCCUCAGAGACAACGAUGGUCAAACACGGAGAAUCGUUUAACAUUCUCAACUCAGAGAGGCCAGGUUUCACAAACAUAGAGCAAACCUGCUCUCACCAACGCGUUGUAGAUCCGACCUUUUACAGCCAGACUAACACCACGAAGGUGCCAAAGAUGACCCAGAUUGGCAUGAGCCGCUCUGGCCCUCACCAUACGUGAGUCGAUCUCAUCACUCACGCCACCACCAGCACUUAUGCAGCUACCCAAAUACUCAGACCUCUUGACUACUACCUGCCCACUACUCAGUGUGAGUGCAGGUUCAGGGUUUUGCCAGUCCUGUAGAACUACUUUGCACUUGUAAGGCUCAAAGCACAUACUAUACCUACGGACACUGAUUGCCUGCUGACUAAGUGUGAAUUGCACGACUUGGGUAUUAUAACAUAGUAAGACAAUAUCAUCCUCAUAUUCAAGGUCGAAAGGUUUUUCCAGGAAACAGAUCCACACCUACAUUAUCUACAGUCAUCAGAGCUGUUUCGAGAAUGUGAUCGAUGGCAAAGUUGUAGAGGGAUGGUGAGUUGUAAGGAACCUAUAGAAACCUAGUGCUUAUAAGCAGGACAUUUCGCAAAGCUGCAGGCGACUUCACUCGCCAUUUUCAUCACGUCAUGCAACAACAGCCAAUGCUCGUUUAUGCUGUUCGGUGGGCUGGUAGCUAGCGUUGAACCUAGCUCGUUUUGAUAUUUAGUCGCAAGAGAAGCUGCAACCAAUUUACUGGUAUCGAUCCGUUUAGGAUGAUGGAUUUGUUGGCCACUGAAACUUAAGGUAAGAUUAGCGCAAAUAAGGGAACGAUCAGAGUCCAGAUAGGUAUUCAUAGGAACGACAGUUUUGUAGACAACCACGUCUGCGUUAGCUGGUCUUGAUGUGACCAAACUGAGUCCGGGCUUGAGAUGCAGAGGGAGGACGCCAGGUGGCACAUCGGCGAUGACUUUGCUGGUAGUUACUGCUACCCAGAAACAGGUUGUAGUCUGCGCAAAGUUGCAGUAGAUAGUCACUGUUACCUGACCUGCGCCCAACAAGUCGUCAUCAGCUACCUAGAUGACUCUCUUCUGUGCCUAGACACCCGAUCUAAGCAUUCAAGUCUCCGACAGUUAACUGGUGGUAAGACAUCCUUGAUCGCAUCUGGACCUCAAUCUUUUGGAGCGUAGGCGGAGAUUGCAAAAUGACGUCGUUUCUCACGCCAAUUUCCCCUCACCUCAAUGGAGCCUUCUAAUCUAACAGCAAAUAACCGACUGUUAAUGCGGUUCAGUCGAUCAGUGUUGCCUUAACUCUAGCAAGACCAGACAAAGGUGCCACAGGGUCCCCGGAUAAACGCACGUAAAACAAGCCUUUUGGAGCGACAAAUGGGGAGCGAAUUUCCUGCAGUUCACUAUAGUCUUGAAUACGGUUCUCGGAUAGACAACAGACACCGAUGUUGAGACUUCUUAAAGACAUUACCAGCCCUACCUGUUGUCCGAUCUGCAUUAGUGUGCGGACGUUGAAGGAGCCCAGUUUGAAUGGUAUACGUGGUUUUAGAUGGACUGUUUCAGUAUUCGACGGUAGCAUUCAUUUUUCCAUCAGUCAGUGACUUGGAAUCGUUUAGAUAGGACAGGGUUUCCACCAUAGGCGAGCCUCUGUAUAAGUUGUAAAUAAAAUAAAUAAAAGGGGGAAGAUAAGUGACGUAGUAUAGAAGAAAGAAAAAUGGGUGUUAUCGAGAUGGUGGAGAAGAUUUGUAGCUCAGGUGGAUGAUUUUCGAACACUUCACUUCUAUCUGAAGUUUGUGCUGAUGAUGUCGUUCAGAAGAACGAUGAAAGCUCCACGACCAAACCAUCCAGCUCAGAGAACAAAACUCCAUCAAAAUGGGUGUUAUCAAAUGAUUGUGAAUACGAUUUAUCCUAAUGAGCGUUGAAGCAAGAAUAAUUAUUACAAUAUUAGUCAUUUAAUUUGUUUAUGGGCUGGAAUACUACCCGAAUGACCAAACUGAAGCUGGUAGUUUUCUUAAAGGGCCAUGCAUUGAGUUUUUUACUUGAAGGUCUAAUCCACAAGGCAGUGGAACAGCGUUAGGAGAUGUAGCCUCAUUGUAACCGGUGAAUAACAAUAGGUUCGCACCCCAUUUGUUCCUCCAGGAUCCUGGAGUCCAUGUGCCCCACUGGUAUGGAAUCAGCUUUCCAAAUCCCCUAGGUAGAUCCUCCGUAUCCACCAAGCCAGUUAAAGCGCCAGACAAUCGCUUUUUGUCCUUUUAUUUCCGUAAACAAUAACGCCGCGAGAAUGCAAUGAGUAGGACUUCAGUGGCAAUAUACUUGAGGCGAUGUGAGAGCAUUUUGAAACAGAGCGAGCUCUCCGCACACUCAGCUGUAUCAGGGCGUUUUGAGGUGCGUUAUUCAGUUGUAGCUAUUAUUUAAGCGCCGAAGAUCUUUAUUGUGUUGUAUCUCGAACUUUACAGUUCCGUUUAUUGGUAAGGUCUUCCAAAUCAUUUUGUGAUUUCUGUUCAGUUCCCCUCUAGAUUUGUAUGCACCAUGUACCAAUUAAUUUCAAGCAUUAGGAUCUAGUGGCAUUUUCAGUGCAAAAGUCUGUCCAGUAUGUUCACUUGCAUUAAGCUCGGUAUAUGAAACAAUAAUUUGUGUUUUGAUACAAUUUACAAGCCCUAGACAUCUCAUUAAUGUGAAUAAUGGUGUAAAUUUUCAAUUAUAAUCAAAGCACAAGCAUUAAAUUCAUAGUCAUUAAAUAACAGGUUAUGCUCACUGUUUAAUUUUCUAAAUUGAUCAGAUCUUUUUUUCCUGGAAGAUGCUUAGGUUUAAACAAUGAUUAACAGGAAGCGCUCAUACUCAUCACGUUCCCGUUCCAGGUCAUCAGGAUUCUAUACACCAAGACGAAAAAACCGGUCCAGAUCCAAUGAACGCUCUAAGUUCAGUUCUUCGUUGAAAGAAAGAAAUCGACAGAGGUCACAUUCAAAAAAUCUUGACUACAGUCCUCGACGUUCUUUAAGUCCUGCUGAGCGAAAGUCGAAGUUUUCAAGGCUUAGAAAACCUGAAAUACAAUCAAGUGUUAAUCCAAUCGCGGACUUUCAGACUGAAGGUGUACGAAGCACUGCACGUGAUUCACAUUCUCCUAUAUCUUUAACAGAACGUUUCACUCGUCUGACAAAUUCAGGGACGGCUGUAUACAAUAAACGCAGGUAUGGUCGUUUUGGAGAUAACCAUCGUCUUCCACAUCUUAUACUUACCAAUAAUACAAAGCUCCCCCCAGCAACUCUUAUGCGUCAGGCUAAAGAAAUUUCAAUUGUCAUAGAGCGAACAUUUCCUCUUAAUAUGGACUUAUCAACACAUGAAAAACCUGUGACAUUUGAUUUUCGUCAUAGUCACAUUGUAAUCCCACGUCGUCCCAAUGAAGGUUACAAACCUGUAUUUGAUCGUCCUGGAUUAAAGUUUUACAAUACUGAAGCGGAUGAAGUCCAGAUUUACAAACGUUUAGUGGACACGAUUUCCUCCUCAAAUACACGAAGAUCCAAUAAUAUGGACAACAAAAAAGAAAGUGAGUAUCACGACAUAAGUCAUUUUACAGGUCCCGGUCGAUUUUAUGGCAGUCGAGUAGAUGAACGUUUGAUGGAUUCAAAGCGUACUUAUCCGUUGGAUCCUUCAGAAACUCCGAAAGGACAUUCUUAUUAUCUUCAUGAUGAUCGAACAGAUGAUGGGUAUGGUCCGAGGCGCCGAUGGAAUAAUAAAUCCGAUCGUUUAUACUCUUCUAGUUACCAACGUGAUCGUCGAUCUCGCCGCACUUCUCCUUCACCACGAUCAUCUCGUUCUGAAAUUAAACCGAAAAAGUGGCUCCACGACAAAUUUGAAGAGAUGGAAGGGGACAAUAGUUCACAAAAACCGAUCCCAAUGCCUGUUCCUGCUCCCAAACCUAUAUUAUGGUCUACUAUUGGUAAGGAAAUCUUGAAUGGAAAUAAAACUGUUGUAAGUGAUGACCAAAAUUACAGCCCGAAUAGUGCAGCCAAUCAAUCACCGCUAACAGACAACGAAAAUACUACGAAUACACUAGAGACAAAAGUACAAUCAGUUGUGGCCAAUUCAACUGUUCGUAGUAAUGAAAAAGUUUCUACCAAAGAAGAGCAUUUCAACAGUGAAGUUUUCCAUCUAGAUGUUGAUCAUGUAUUUGACGAAGCUAUUGAACGAUGAUCUAUGUCUGAUAUGUACAGUCAGCAUUACAAAUUACGCAUUUUGUUUUGACAAUAAUCACUUCCUGUCUGUUAUAUUGCUUGUAUAUUCAAUUUGUUUAUAUAAGCAACUUAUGUUUACAUUCUGAAUUUCGUUAUUUUUUUUAUACAUAUAUAUAGUUUUGAGAAAAGAUAUUUCAU